CAACAGCAGAAAACAACACAACACGGCUGGUAAACAAACUUACAACACUCGGAGCAAUCACAGCAUCAUUUUUCGAUAAGAAACAUCGGAAAACUCGCGAAAUAUCUGCACAAUGGGUGACCGGUACAACAUUCACAGCCAGCUAGAACAUCUGCAAAGCAAGUACAUCGGCACGGGACAUGCGGACACCACGAAGUACGAAUGGCUAACCAACCAGCACCGAGACUCGCUAGCUAGCUACCUGGGGCACUACGAUAUGCUGAGCUAUUAUGCGGUCGCCGAGAACGAGUCAAAGGCACGAAUCCGGUUCAACAUCAUGGAGAAAAUGCUGCAACCAUGCGGUCCUCCACCAGAGAAGACGGAAGAUUAGGAAUAAACGUGAAUUAAGUUAACCCACCAUCAAA